AUGGACUCGUUCCUUGAGGGCGAGACGGCAUCCCGGCUCCGAGGGGUAUUUCACGACCGCUUCUCCAAGCCGAGGGAGGGGAGCCCGGAGCGGUUUGUCUGGGAUUGGUGGCAUGUCCCGGACCAGUAUACGCUGAUGAGGACACCUGCAGAGAACUAUUUCGGGCGCGAGGGAUUCACCGAGCUGCUGGACACGCUCACUAAGUUCGGGCAAGAGAGGCUGGGCUGCACUGCGAUUUCCCCACCGUGGCUCAGCGUCUACGUGGACGGGUGCGAGCAGCGAUACCACACCGACUCUUGGCACGGGCCCUGGGCGUUCGUGCUAUCACUUACAGACUGGGAGAAUCGCGGGUUCACAGGGGGCGAGACGAUGAUUCUCAAGCCGCACGUGCUGGACUACUGGCGGAGCUUCCAGCCGGGUGUCGGCCUGGAGGAGAAGCACUUCAUCGACACCGUGGAGCCGCACUUCAAUCGACUCACGGUGUUCGACCCGCGCUUCCCGCAUGGCGUGCGCCCCGUUGGGGGCACGAAAGACCCGCUCAAGGGCCGCUUGGUGAUCCACGGUUGGUUCACCGACCCCCAGCCGUUCUUCACCGGUGGCCUAAGCGCCGAAGAGGCAACGGAACCUCUAAACGACGCCCUCGAGGCGGUCUACCCGGCCCUCGAGGGAGUCGGCCGUGUCACGGGAGUGCUCACCGUGCGGCUGCACGUGUCGGGCGAGACCGGAGGCGUCGUGAGCGUGGUGGCGCUGACGGACACGCUGAUACCGGACCCGAACGACGUCGGCAUCGACGAAGAAGGGGUGGAGGAGGACGCGAGGGCGGACGUGCUGGACGCGGUGGAUCGGGGGUGCCGGGAAGCGAGAUUUCCUGCGGCCGGCGAGGACACGCACAUCACCGUGCCCUUCGUGUUUGAAUGA